AUGGCAGACAACCAAAAGUGGUAUUUUGCCUAUGGCUCCAACAUGCUUUCGGAUGUCUUCAUCAGGCGACGCAAGAUCCAACCUCUCAGGUCCGAAGUUGCUGUGAUCAAAACGCACACCCUCUGCUUUAAUAUCAUGGGUGUUCCAUACACGGAUCCUGCCAUGGGGGGCUUGCGCCCGGCGGAAGAACAAGAUCUUCCAGUCUACGGGGUCGCGUACCUCUUGUCCUCGGAGGAUAUGAGACAGAUGAUCGUCAGCGAAGGAGGUGGUAUAGCCUACAAGACUGAACUUCUCUCAGCCACGUUGCAGAGCGAUGGUUCCGAAGUGAAUGUUAAUACAUUAAUGGGGAGACACAUCAUCCCACGAAGUUACGAGAGACUUCCUUCCGGAAGAUACAUGAGCCUGUUGAUUCGAGGUGCCAGUGAGCAUUCUCUCCCGGACUUGUACCAGAAGAGACUUCUGUCACAGCAGACCUUUAUUCCGGGACAAGGUUGCCGAUUCAAAGUCGGAAAAUGGUUAUUUGACGGAUUCUGGCAGAGGGUCGCAUACUGGAUUGAGAAAGGAGUUGGUAAAUUUAAAGAUGGCGAGGGGAACGUUCCACCGUGGUUUCUACUGGUUUUCGACUUUCUCCUAUGGACUAUGUGGUAUUACCAUGACUACGCUCAUGGUGUCAUUUGGGGCAGAGGUGAUGGAUUGAAUAGAAAAUGA